CAGCCAUACAGUGGGGGGUGGGGACCGAGAUAUGGCAGUCAUAUUUUUGAAGCUGAAAUAAUGUGCUAGACCUUGUAUUGGGGUUUUUACCUCGCAGAAGGUUCUCAGUUAAUAAAUGUCCAUCCCCAACAAGCCACCAGUUGGAAUGUCCCACGCUGGUCCUUCACCAGGCGCAGGCCAGUCUCCAGGGCCCAGCCCUGGACCCGGCCCCUCUCCUGGCUCUGUACACAGCAUGAUGGGCCCCAGCCCAGGGCCUCCAAGUGUCCCACAUACUAUGCAGGGACAAGGACCUGGAGAUUAUCCUCAGGACAGCAUGCACCCAAUGCAUAAGCCCAUGGAGGGAAUGCAUGAGAAGGGGAUGGGUGAAGAAAUGCACUAUGGGCAGAUGAAAGGGGUGGGGAUAAGAUCCCUGCACAGUGGCAUGGGUCCUCCACAGAGCCCGAUGGAUCAACACAGUCAAGGUUACAUGUCCCCUCAUCCCUCACCAAUGGGCCAGGUUCCUGAGCAUGUGCCUAGCCGCAUGUCAGGAGAUGGGCCAACCCCACCGCAAAUCCCUCAGGGUCAGACGGGCCCAAUGAUGCCUAUGGAUCCCCAGGGGAUGGGACAGCAGGUCAGGGGUCAGUCUGCCUUCAGCCCAGUCCAACUACAGCAACUCAGGGCUCAGAUCCUGGCUUACAAGAUCCUGGGUCGUGGUCAGCCUCUGCCUGAGAAUUUGCAGUUAGCUGUGCAGGGCAAGAGGAGCCUCCCCACUAUGCAGCAGCAGCCCAGCAACAGUGGUCCCUACAACAGACCUCCAGGUAUGCCAAUGCCUCAUGGAGGGCCUGCAACUGGACCCUGUUCCACUCCAGCCAUGCAGACACAUACACUUAGUUCUGGUCCAAAACCUUGGCCUGAUGGUCAAGGGGCAGAGACCCCCAGCGCCUCACAGAUGUUAUCAAUACCAACUCCCAGCGGUAGACCUUCUCCAGCUCCCCCACUGGUACCCAGUGCCAUCCAACCUGUCCCCAGCACCUCCCUCACCCUACAACCUCAACCUCAGCCGCAGUCAGUGCCAGGCCAGCCCUCACUCAUCAUACAGCUCCAGCAGAAACAGAACCGCAUCACCCCUAUUCAGAAACCUCAGGGUCUGGACCCUGUGGAACUCUUACAAGAGAGGGAGUACCGGCUCCAGGCCAGGAUUGCUCACAGAAUUCAGGAGCUGGAGAAUCUUCCAGGGUCAUUGCCACCUGAUCUGCGGACAAAAGCUACCGUGGAACUGAAGGCCUUGAGUUUGCUCAACUUCCAGCGGCAGCUAAGGCUGGAUGUUGUAGCCUGCAUGCGCAGGGAUACGACUCUGGAGACAGCGCUGAACUCCAAAGCCUACAAGCGUAGCAAAAGACAGACGCUAAGAGAAGCUCGCAUGACAGAGAAACUAGAGAAGCAACAGAAGAUUGAACAGGAGAGGAAGCGCAGACAGAAACACCAGGAGUAUCUCAACAGCAUCUUGCAGCAUGCAAAGGAUUUCAAGGAAUAUCACAGGUCCAUCUCUGGUAAAAUCCAGAAGCUGUCCAAGGCCAUUGCCACCUGGCACACCAACACUGAGAGAGAGCAGAAGAAGGAGACAGAACGAAUUGAGAAAGAGAGAAUGAGGAGACUUAUGGCUGAGGAUGAAGAAGGUUACAGGAAGCUAAUUGACCAGAAGAAGGACAAGCGUCUGGCUUACCUCCUUCAACAGACAGAUGAAUAUGUGGCCAAUCUGACAGAACUUGUCUAUGAGCAUAAGGCCGCUCAGGCUGCUAAGGAGAAGAAGAGGAAGAGAAAGAAGAAGAAGAAGGAAGCUGUUGAUGACGAAGCAAUGGUAGCUAUCGGGCCCGAUGGAGAGCCCAUAGAUGAGAGCAGCCAGAUGAGUGAGCUGCCAGUCAAAGUCAUUCAGACUGAGACUGGGAAAGUGCUACAGGGGACAGAUGCCCCCAACUCUAGUCAGUUAGAGGCCUGGCUCGAGAUGAACCCUGGCUAUGAAGUCGCUCCACGAUCAGACAGCGAAGAGAGUGGCUCGGAAUUUGAAGAGGAGGAUGGAGACGAGGCGUUAUCAAGAGCUGAAUCAGAAGAGAAGAAAGUCAUCAAUCCCAACAGUGAUGAAGUGUCUGAAACAGCAGCCAAGCACAUCAUAGAGUCUGCUAAGCAGGAUGUGGAUGAUGAGUACAGUGUUCAGACCAGCUCCCAGUCUUACUAUGGUGUAGCCCACGCGGUCAUAGAGAAAGUGGAUAAACAGUCCACCCUUCUUAUUAAUGGAACACUCAAACAGUACCAGAUCCAAGGGCUGGAAUGGAUGGUGUCUCUAUACAACAACAACCUGAAUGGUAUUCUCGCUGAUGAGAUGGGUCUGGGGAAGACCAUUCAAACUAUUGCCCUGAUUACAUAUCUGAUGGAAUACAAGAGGCUCAAUGGGCCAUACCUCAUCAUCGUACCACUCUCAACUUUGUCCAACUGGGUUUAUGAGCUGGACAAGUGGUCACCAAGUAUUGUGAAAAUUGCCUACAAGGGCACACCGUCCAUGCGGAGGUCUUUGGUGCCACAGCUCCGUAGUGGGAAGUUCAAUGUUCUUCUUACUACCUACGAGUACAUCAUCAAAGACAAGCAGAUUCUCGCCAAGAUUCGCUGGAAAUAUAUGAUUGUGGAUGAAGGCCACCGCAUGAAGAAUCAUCACUGCAAGCUCACGCAGGUGUUGAACACUCACUAUGUCGCUCCCAGGAGGCUGUUGCUCACGGGAACCCCACUGCAAAAUAAGCUACCUGAGCUCUGGGCCCUGCUCAACUUCCUUUUGCCCACCAUCUUCAAAAGCUGCAGCACCUUUGAGCAGUGGUUCAAUGCUCCCUUUGCAAUGACAGGAGAGAGGGUGGAUCUAAAUGAAGAGGAGACCAUCCUUAUCAUUCGUCGUUUGCACAAGGUAUUGCGUCCUUUCCUGCUACGUAGACUGAAGAAAGAGGUGGAGUCUCAGUUGCCAGAAAAGGUGGAGUAUGUCAUCAAAUGUGACAUGUCAGCAAUUCAGAAGGUGCUUUAUAGGCACAUGCAGGGCAAAGGCAUCCUGCUCACUGAUGGCUCAGAGAAAGACAAGAAGGGUAAAGGAGGAGCCAAGACCUUAAUGAACACCAUCAUGCAGCUGAAGAAGAUCUGUAAUCAUCCCUACAUGUUUCAGCACAUCGAGGAAUCCUUUGCUGAGCACUUGAGGUAUCCAAAUGGCAUUAUCAGUGGCCCUGACCUGUACCGUGCCUCUGGCAAGUUUGAAUUACUGGACCGGAUCCUGCCCAAGCUAAAGGCAACCAAUCACAGAGUACUGCUCUUCUGUCAGAUGACCUCCCUCAUGACUAUCUUGGAGGAUUAUUUUUCUUACCGUAACUUCCUCUACCUGCGUCUGGAUGGAACCACAAAGUCUGAUGACCGGGCGUUGCUUUUAAAGAAAUUCAAUGAAGAAGGCUCACAGUAUUUCAUCUUCCUGUUGAGCACCAGGGCAGGAGGUCUUGGCCUCAACUUGCAAGCUGCAGACACCGUUGUGAUCUUUGACAGUGACUGGAACCCCCACCAGGACUUGCAGGCCCAAGACCGAGCCCACCGUAUCGGCCAGCAGAAUGAAGUACGCGUACUGCGGCUUUGUACUGUGAACAGCGUGGAGGAGAAGAUUCUUGCAGCGGCCAAGUAUAAACUGAAUGUGGAUCAGAAGGUCAUUCAGGCUGGCAUGUUUGACCAGAAGUCCUCUAGUCAUGAGCGCAGAGCCUUCCUGCAAGCUAUUCUGGAGCACGAGGAACAAAAUGAGGAGGAAGAUGAAGUUCCAGAUGACGAAACUCUUAAUCAAAUGAUUGCCCGUAAUGAGGAUGAAUUUGAGCUCUUCAUGCGCAUGGAUUUAGACCGUCGUCGAGAGGAUGCACGCAACCCAAAGCGCAAACCUCGGCUAAUGGAGGAGGAUGAGCUGCCAUCAUGGAUCCUAAAAGAUGAUGCAGAGGUGGAGCGACUCACCUGUGAGGAAGAGGAAGAAAAAAUCUUUGGCCGAGGAUCACGUCACCGCAGAGAUGUUGACUAUAGUGAUGCGUUGACGGAGAAGCAGUGGCUGAGGGCCAUAGAAGAUGGCAACCUGGAGGAAAUUGAGGAGGAGAUACGCCUGAAGAAGCGCAAGCGUAGGAGACACGUGGACAAAGACAGCAGGCGUGAGGAUGUAGAGAAAGCCAAGAAAAGGAGAGGACGCCCUCCUGCAGAGAAGCUCUCCCCAAACCCACCCAAACUCACAAAACAGAUGAAUGCCAUCAUCGAUACUGUCAUCAAUUACAGAGACUUAUCAGGCCGUCAGCUCAGUGAGGUCUUUGUGCAGCUGCCUUCCAGGAAAGAGCUCCCUGAAUACUAUGAACUGAUAAGGAAGCCAGUGGACUUCAAGAAGAUCAAGGAUCGUGUGCGUAGCCACAAGUACAGAAGUGUGAACGAUCUGGAGAAAGACGUCAUGCUUCUAUGUCACAAUGCUCAAACUUACAAUCUGGAGGGCUCUCAGAUCUACGAGGACUCCAUUGUUCUCCAGUCAGUAUUCAAGAGUGCCAGACAAAAGAUUGCUAAGGAAGAAAGCGAAAAUGACAGCGACGAUGAUGACGAUGAUGAGGAAGAAUCAGAAGCAGAAUCUAAGUCAGUGAGGGUGAAAAUUAAGCUGAGCAAAUGGGAGGAGAGAAGUCAGGACAAAGGCAAGAAGAGACAGAGCCAUGGAAAGGCUAAGCCCGUGGUCAGCGAUGAUGACAGCGAGGAAGAACAGGAGGAGAACGAGCAGUCAGAUGGGAGCCAGAGUGACGAUGAGUGAGGAGUCGAGCUGAUGAUCAGCAUUCCUUUCACAAGUUUAUAUCCUUUUCCGCUGUCAUCCAGUUGAAUUAUUCUAUGCUUCACCUGAGGCUUGCUUAAUGAGUGAUUUUUUUUUCUACUGUUUUUUGUAUGGUUGCACACUUUGUCUUGUGUUGCUGUCCCACUGUUUUGAAUGCAGUCAACUGUGUUUUCACCUUUAGUAUUUUGCUUAGUUCUUCCGAAAUUUCACUACGCACAGUGAUGUAUUUUAGGAAUGACUUCCAUGUGCUUGUAUACAAUCUACAUUUAUGCAAUCUAAAGAUUUUCUUUUAAUUAAAAACGACAGAACUGCAUCAAAGAACUUCAUAUAUAAGCUAUCAAAACUCUUAUUUUAAACCGAACAGUGCAGAGACUUAAGGUUAAACCAGUCAUUUCUAAAUUAUUUGCUAAGCAUAUUUUCAAGUCUUCAAGUGAUACUUAAAGUGAAGUCCUCAUUAUAUUAUCAUUUUGUAUCGUCUUGAUUAAACCACAUACUGUAGUGACUUCUGUAUUGCAUGCCGCACAAAAGCCAGAAGAGAUUACAAAUGUGUUUGAGAAUGGACUGCUGAUCAGCCCUAUGUACUGUUUCAGUGACGCUUGAAAGGAUUUUGCAAACAUUGUGUGAUAUCUGGAGAUGUGACAAACAUUUCUCUUUUAUGUGUCUUCUUGUCAUUAGCUAGUUUCUUUCAUCGCAAACCAACUACCGCUUGUUACAAGGACAAAUACUGAAUUAAUUGUUGCAAUGAUAUUUGCCUCACUUUUCAAAAUUGCAGUGCUUUGCAUUUACAUUUGAGAAGAGAGUUCUUGUCUCACAAUAUCUGAAUACUUGCGUAGAUUGUGCAACCAGUUUUUUAUAGACAAUUGUUUGUCGGAUUAUAAACCAGCUCUAAAUUGCUAUCCUUACCUACGGCAUAUGGAUAUUUUUCAAUGUUUUUUAUUUUUUAAGAAACAGUGUUAUUAAGUGAGAAGCUUUUUAAAAAAGUAAUUCUUUGCCCUUAUACCUUAUUAAUAGAAACACAUAUUUCUUUUUUUAAUUGAGUGUUAUUGCUUUAACAUUUACUCAUCAAUACACUUGCUUUAUUGACAACGAGAACUCUAUUCUCGGUCUAUUCUCCUAUGUGUCAUUGGUCAUUUCUAACAUCUCUUCUAAACGUGCUUUGUGCUUGGAAACUAUUCUAAAGUGUCAUAAUAUUUGCUCUUCUUGCACACUUGUCUUUGUGGUUGUAACUCAUAGUUCAAAGUAAAUAAAUGUCACCAAUGGUGAACCUUCU